ACUUAUUGAUAUGGGCACAAAAAACAUUUCCAACUGCAAUCAGUAAUAAACUUGAUGAUAUUUUAAUUCAAUGUGGAUUACUAGGAAUAAUUGAUCUAUCAUAUAUUCCAGAUGAAGAAACAAAAGAUUUAAAUUGCAUGUUCAUUUACAUAACAGCAAUCAAGUAUCGAUAUGAUAUUACAACAAUUAAUGAUUUAUUAUUAAAAUUAUCAAAAUUAUGUAAAAUUGAACAUAAAAAAAUAUUAGAAAAGAUGCAAGUUAAUCCUAGUACAUUAGAAGAAUAUGCAUUUAUAUCACCAAAAAUACCACAAGAAAUUAUUGAUCUUUUUGGACAAUUUGUACCAGUAGCAGAUGUAGAUUUUGGUUUUGAAUAUCCAAAU